AUGCCUAAAAAGCAAACUAACUUCCCAGUAGAUAAUGAAAACAGACCAUUUAGAUGUGACACCUGUCAUCGUGGUUUUCAUCGGUUAGAGCAUAAAAAGAGACACUUGAGAACGCAUACGGGUGAAAAACCUCAUCAUUGUGCAUUUCCUGGCUGUGGGAAAAGCUUUAGUAGAAGCGACGAACUAAAAAGACACAUGAGAACACAUACGGGACAAUCUCAAAGGAGACUGAAGAAAUCCAGCAUACAGAAACAGGAUUUUUUGACUGUAAAUGGAAUUCCUACGAUUGCAUCGGGAAUGAUAAUCCACCAGCCAAUACCGCAAGUCCUUCCGGCAAAUAUGGCUAUCAAUAUGCAAGCCGUCGGUGGCGGUAACAUCAUACACGCGCCAAACGCAGUGCAUCCCAUGAUGAUACCAAUCAUGGCUCAUUCAGCCCCUAUGCACGGUUCUGCUGCUUCUUACCAGCCCGCCACCUCACCCAUGCCCCUCCCCACAUACACUCCAGCCCCAUCGCAAUCGUUCACUUCCUUCCAGAGCUCCCUUGGUUCGAUGCAAUCAAAUAGCGAUGUAUCAUCGAUCUUCUCGAAUAUGAAUGCUCGUGUAAAUACCCCUCGCUCGGUGCCAAAUUCUCCGAAUGACGGAUAUUUGCAUCAGCAAUACAUCCCAAAGCAGCACCAGCAUCAAACUGCCAGCCCUUGCAUAGCCAAGCAAAACAAGACGUUUGCAAGUUCCCUUGUAUCUGCAUUGUCUACGUUACAAAGAAGAACCCCUGUAAGUGCUACCUCUACCGCAAUAGAAUCUCCAUCUUCACCAAGUGAUUCAAGCCAUACCUCAGCAUGCAGUAGCGCCAUUUCUUUACCAUUCAGCAAUGCUCCUUCUCAGCUCGCCAUGGGCAAAGAAUUCGAUCCUGUAUAUCUGGAUUCUAAUAGAUAUACCACUAAAACCAGAAGAGAAAGAGCUAAAUUUGAGAUUCCCGAAGAACAGGAAGAGGAUACAAACAACAGCAGUAGUAGCAGUAGCAACGAUGACGAGCAGGAAUCACUAGUUCGUAAGUCUAGGAAGGGCAGAAAGAAGUUGUCAGGCAUUAAACUACCGCCUGUACGCAACCUAUUGAAACAGAUUGAUGUCUUCAAUGGUCCCAAGGAUGUUUGA